GUACAUAAAAUCUGAAUAGUUGUGAGGACGAAAGUUCGUAAUGGGUUCGCGAACAGUUUGCUGUUCGCUCAAAGUUCGCUUGGAUAGCGAUAACAUCGUAAUAAUACCGAAUCUGAAACUGUGAAUCAAGCUGACAAGUCACAAAAGGCCAUUUCAAAAGGAAGAAGAAUUGUUGAUGUAGGUUGUCAUUUUUAAUGUCAGUGUCAAUUAUUAAAAGUAUCAAAAUAAAUUUAAAUAUUAACCAAAAACAAUAUAGAUAAGAAUUCGAAAUGUAUAGACCAGAAUUGUUUUGUCAUAGUAUAUUUAAUGAUAUAAGGCAACAAGAGGACGUAGAACGUUUAGAAUUUCAUCAGCAAAAACCAUCUCAAUCUGAUCAUGAUGAUAUUUUUGAAGAAGAUGUUAAACCUAUAAUUCAUAAUAUAGAGAAUGAAUCCCAGACUGAUUUAAGUGAUUCAAGGAAAAGUAAACAGCAGAAAUGUAAUGUUUGUGAUAAAGUUUUGUCUUCAGCAUCUAGCUACUAUGUACAUAUGAAAAAGCAUUCUAAUAAUAAACCUUACCAGUGCUCACAUUGUGAUGCAUCUUUUUGUAGGAAACCAUAUUUAGAGGUUCACCUGCGUACUCACACAGGAGAAAAACCCUUUGAGUGUAAUUUAUGUCAGAAACGAUUUACCCAAAAAUCUAGUCUCAAUACUCACAAGCGAGCACAUACGGGUUUACGGCCCUUCGCCUGCGACAUAUGCUUUAAAAAAUUUUCUGUUAAGUCUUAUCUAAUAGCACACAAGUGGAGCCAUGCUGCGUCAAAUGGAAUUGCGUGCGCCAUUUGCAAUAUGACGUUCAACAACAAAAAUUUAUAUAUGAUUCAUACUCAAACUCACAAUUCGGCAGUGUUUGGAUGUAACGAUUGCCAUAAAAUGUUUGCGAAGGAAUCAUUUUUGAUUAGGCAUAAAACUAGAGUACAUAACAAACCUUCUGCAGAGGAAAGUAAAAGCUAAAUGUUUGUAAAAUAUUCAUGUAGGAUUUUUUCUACUGCUUUUAUUGCACGUUAUUCAUUGGCUAUUAAAUUACGCUCUUAUGUCUAUACGCUCUGACCGGUAUAGGAAUAGACGUGAGCUGCGCGCAAACCGGAGAAGGGAUGCAGAAUCAUAUACAUAAUAAGAAUAGACAAGGCAUACUGAGCAAAAUAGUGUAACGCUCGGUGGUCUGUCUAUUUCUUUUUACAGAGCGAUCCCGCGCAUUUUACAGACAAAGAUGGCUAGACCGCUCAAAUUGAAUAUUGGCCAAUGACGUUGGCCAAUACCUAGUCUAUUCUUAUUAUGUCUAUGUGCAGAAUUCAUUUAGAGCUUAAAUUACAGAGUUGUCACGGUUUUUACAAAUAUUGACUGAUUUCAUUUAAAAUGUUAUUUACGUUAAUUAUUGUUUAUAAUAUAUUUAAAAUUUGUAAAUUUCAAGUGGUUAUUUAACAAUGGUCGGUUCUAUAAAUGUUUUGUACUAUCUUCUUCUUUAAGUACCGUGCCAAAAUUUUAGGCGUGGGUAGCUUCCAUGACAAUUUGCCGAUAUCGUUCUCGAUCUUGUGCGGCAUGUAAUAGUUGAUCUGCUUAUAAAUCAGUCCAUUGAUGAAGGUUUCGGAGCCAUGAAUAUUUCUUCCAAGAAAUUCCUCUUUUUCCGUCGAUUUUUCCGUUGAGUAUUAACUGCAGCAUUCUCUAUCUGCUACCUCUCAUUAUAUGCCCGAAAUAUUCAAGUUUUCUCUUUUUUAUCAUCUUGAUUAAGUCACCUUCGCCUUGACCUACUCUGUUUAAGACUUCUCUGUUUGAAAUGCGUUGAACCCAAGAUAUUCUGAGCAUUCUACGAUAUGACCACAUCUCGGGGGCUUCUAAUUUGUUCAUCAUGUUAACCUUCAUGAUCCAGGUACUAUAGAAAUAAUCUAAACAAGCAAAAUCAAAUCCUUGUAAGUGUCGUCUGUGUCUGAGAAUAUACUCGUAUCUUCACUAUCCGAAUCGUCACAUAAAUCAAUAAUACAUGAUUCUGUGGCAGCAUCAAAUUUUUGUGUUCCACUCUUCUACGGAAAAUAUUUCAAAGAACUAAUCUGACCUUUUACACAUUUCGUGAAUAGAAUUAAAGGUAAGGUCAGGUGGGGAAAGUGUGUAUUCGGGGUAAUGUGUAAAGUCAAAAUAUAUUUUAAUAUAGGUAUAUACUAGUGUCGCCAUCUAUGAUUCGUUCAAGAAUAUAAAUGCUUACAAUGUCAACUGAAACCAAGAUUCGCUUUGCGUUUGUUUAACUAGAAAAUGUCAUACUGUCUGAACCUAACUUUAAGUGCGCAUUUCAUGCGAGACGUGCCAUUUAAAAUCAAGUACCAUCAGCAUUCUGUGUUGAAUUUUAAAACUUUUUUUGCACUUUUAAAGUACACACUUACAUCAAUUCCAUUUCUAUUAAUUCAUGGCUAAAAAAUAAAUCGUAGACAUACUUCCCCCAUUUGAAGGGGGAAGUGUGUACUACGGACAUAGUUAAAAAAAUUAAAAUGUGGUGACGUCACUGCCGUGGAAAGUUAUAAAAUGAAUCAGUUGUAGGUAAUACGUAUUAAAAUAUUAUAUUAAAAUAUUAGCUUCAAAUCUUACUUGGUCUCAAAAUGCGGUAUGUAAAUAUACUAAAUUUUAAUAUUUUGCUACACACUUACCCCACCUGGCCUUAAAGAAUAAAAUUUAAAUUUCGUGUUCCAAUAUCAUUUUUAGUGUUACCCAGACAAACUCUAUUGAGUUUACAUCUGGUUGAUAUGGUAAGAGCCUUAAUACGUCAUGUCUGUUAUUUCUAAUAAUGGAAUCAACAGCAAAUUUAACAUAUUUCGGUUUAUGUAAUUUUAUGAAGGUAUACAGAGCUGGUCUGAGCAUGUUAGCAGGAAUAGGAAUAUUUCUAGCUUUUAGCCAAUCUAUAAUUUUACUCUUUGUUGAUGCGGAUGUUGGUGCUUUAUCGUUUUGAGUAUGAUGGUAAGGUCAUUUUCCAUUUCGAUUAUACUGUUGGGAGGUAGAUAACUUAACAAUUUUUCUUAACCACUUUUUGUAGUUGACAAAAUUGACAUCAUCAUGGUAAUCACCCGAUUUUGUUUGGGACUUCAUCUCACAUAAGGUCCAUCGACAAAAUCUGCUUCGUUUUCUGCAUCCACAAUGAUUGAACCGUGAAUUUUGGCCCUUGGAGACGGGUUUUUUAAGCCCAUUGUUUGUUCCAUAAGUCCAACUAUUUCUGCUAAUAAGGCUUGAAAGUAAAUACGUUUCAUCAGUAAACGCAAUGGUUUUUCGUUUUUAAAUUGUUUAAUAUGUCUUAAAUACUAUAAUCGUAGGUCUUAAAUACGAUAAUAUUCUGGUUUUUACCCCCCUCUAUAUCUCAGUGGUAAGAGAGCUUACCUUUGGAUCGAUACAAAGGUUGCGAGUUUGAAUCUCAGCCGGGUAGGAAAUUUUUCAUUUAUUAAAAAUUAAUCAAUGAAAAUAGUUUUUAUCCUUGUGGAAUCGGUACUCACCGAAGGAACCGCAGACUUUGCUAAGUAGCAAGACAUUGACUCAACACACGCACUACACAUUACACUAUGACUAUCUGAUGCGAAAUUACUGUACCAUGCCAAUGGCAUUUAGUUGUAGAUUCAUUAAGCUAAAUAAAAAAAGAUUCUUUUUUUUUUCAACGAAACCCGAGAUUACUAAUUUCUAAACGCAUACUUUCUUUGCCUCCUUUAUAAUCAAAUUCUUCAACAAAUCUCUUAUGUAUAUUAUAUACAGUGGGCGCUUAUUUUUCAGUUAUAUGAAAAUUAAUAAUUUGUCGACGUAGCAGACCUUGUUUAACUGUUUGUAAUUUUAUUUUUGAAGAUAUUGUCCCCCUCUUAUUAGGGUUGACAAAAUCGGAUAUACUUCCUGCUGCAUUUUGCGGCCAUCCUUUGUAACAUUUUUGAUGCUACACACAGAAACUCCUGAAAAUGCAUCACACAAAUCUCAGAUUAUUUACUAUUCUUUUUAUUAGAAUAUUUAUCAAAUUACCUGCCCUAUUAGACACUGGACUCACUCUCUUGAAGUUUUUUUAAAGUCAAAGAGGUUUAUCAGCAGCUGCUUCUCGAAUUUUAACACAGGGUGUAUUAUUUCACAAGCUUGAGCAUUCAAAAUUUUUCACUUCACUUUAUAUCGUUAAUCCGUUUUUAGAUUAAAUGAACAAUUAGAAAGUUCAAAAUCACUAUUAUUAAAAACUGAGAUCCCCCUCCGUGGCUCAGUGGUAAGAGCGCCUGCCUUUGGAUCGAAAAAAUCUGAAAGGUUGUGGGUUCGAAUCUCACCAGGGUAAGAAAUUUUUCAUUUAUUAUAAAUUAAUAAAUGAAUGGUUUCUGUCCUUGUGGGAUCGGUACUCACCGGAGGGACCGCAGACGUUCGGAUACAAUUAGCGUCUCUUUGCAAAGACAAUGACGUCGACUUUGCAAAGUAACAAAACACUUAAUCAACACACACACUACACAUGACACUAUUAGGUACCUAACUGUUCAAAAUUACCGUACCUACCAUGCCAAUGGCCAUUAGUUGUCGAGGCAUUAGCUAAAUAAAAAAAACUGAGAUUUUACACAGAAAUUGUCAACGUAGCCAAUCGGCCCUAGGUAUAGUAAAACUAUCCACAUAAAUAGCUAAGCGGUUCUCGAUCAACUGAGCUCUCUCUGUCGUAAUUUGAAAUUUACUAACGCGCACCGUAUGUUCACGUCUAUUCCUAUUUCGGUUCACCUGUAUAUAAUUGUCAAUCUUCCGAAUCAUAGAGUGUUUCUGGAGAUAAAAUAUCUGAAUAAAGUAUAAAUUAAAAAUGUAAAUAGGUUUAAUGAUCAAUGCUAUUGAAAGCCCUAUAUUUGUAGAUAUUUCAAUAAUACAUUUAAUAAUAUAUUUGGUAUUUAUGUACAUUCAUUUCCAAAGCCAUUUUCAGUCAUGAUGUAUUGUUAUGUUUUUGGACAUGUCGAGAAUUAUUACAUGAAUGUCAUAAUUGUCAAUAUACAAUGGACACAUUUCACAGGAAAAACUCCAUAUUACUUAUGACGAUGAUUUUUCGGCUCUAGCUCUCCGUCUAUAAUGCAAGAGUAUAUAACUUGGGAGAGGUAGUGUCUCCCUGUGUAACUCCUCUCUCUGUUCUUAUUUUGUAUUUUAGAAGUAUUCUAUAUCUGGAAUCAAGUCUUGCGUUAUUCAUUCCUUCUAAUACGGCCCAGAGUUCUAUGGAAUUAAAUGCCUUAUUUUGAUCCACAAAUGCCAAAUGAAGAUGUUCAUUGUAUUCGUUACACUUUUCAAUAAGUGUCCUUAUUGUCUGUAGGUGUUAGGUGCACGUGGCAGGUGCCGGGUUAAUAUUUUAACUGCCUCCAAAAUAGUUUGACCUCCAGCUGUAAUCAUCUCCUUUGUUAUUCCGUCGUCUCCAGGAGUUUUUCCAUUUUUCAUCUGUUUUCAUUUCUGUUAUAUUUACUUACUUCUUAUGUAAAAUAUUUUGUGUAUCAAAAACAGUAUGGCAAAAUUUUGGUUAUUAUUUGUUAAAAUAAAAGGUUCAUGAGUUAAAAAAGAACAGUACUGCCUGUGUUGUCAAAAAUAAAAUGAAGUAUUUAACGAGAUAACUGUUGUUCUAUAGAUUUCUAUUGGAUCAGUUACGAGAGUGGGCAUAUAGGGCUUUUCAUCGAUUGUCAUUUGUUUCGAGCUUCUGUCAUGUGUCACAUAAUAUUAAUAUAUCUCCGCCAUACGUCUUUGGUUUGUAUCAUUGUUAUAUACCAAUAACGUAUGACGUAGAUAUAUUAAUAUUAUGUGACACAUGACAGAAGCUCGAAACAAAUGACUGUUAAUGAAAAGCCCUAUUGUAAAUGUCAACUAAUAAAAUAUAUUUAUUUAAAUAUGCAUUAUGGAUACACGAAUAAUAUAAGAAUGAUGCGGUAUGUUCAUUUUCUUUUAGAAAUAAUCACCGACAUGAAAAAUUUUUCAUUUCCACCAACACGUAUUAGAAAAAGAUAGGCUUGGAAAGAACUGUAUAACAUAUUCUUAAUAAGAUUAUAUUGAAAAUUCGAUACGAGUGGAAAAUUUUGAACGUGAGCGGCCGUGAGUAGGUCGAAUUUUCUUUCUAAUCGAGUUACAUAAUAUAUUUUCUCUACGACCAGAAACUUUAAAUCAAAAACAAUUAAAUCUUAACAAAAGCAGUUAUUUAUAUAUAAUAUUUAAAAUAAUCGCUUCUGUAUUUAUCAAUGUAGUCGCUGAGGUGCGGCGUUAUUGUUAUGUCAUUUAAAAUAUUAGAAGGAACAUCACAAAGUUUCAGCAUUUCUUUACAAGAGUGCGGGGUAUUUCUUUAUAAUAUUGUAAUAAAUUCAUGUAAUUGUCCACUCUCUUGUUAUUUUUAGUUGUUGUGUUAAGAAUUGUAGUUAGUAUUGCUGAUCUCAAAUAUUAAAUGUUUUAAAGAUCAUUCUUUGCGCCAGUCCCUAAAACACGAACCAUCACAGACACAAACGACCUAAAAAUGAAAUCACAUUUUAUAAUUGCUAGUCAUUCGAAUAUAAUAAGCGACUUUAUUUAUAAAGACAAUGAAGCCGACUUUACUUAGUAACAAGGCAAUUACCCAACUCGCUACAAAAAGUGGUUACAUCAAAUAACCUUAUGAAUUAAAAAAUAUUGUACCGCAAGAGUGAGAAUUCUUUAUUUCUACUAUUUAAAGUGAUUACGGAAUUGCUACAUUCGCUAAUGGUCGUGGAGAAAGUAUUUUCAUCAAUGUUACAAAAAUAUCGAAACUGACUUGUCAAUUUUUAACACCUGUACUAGGGUGGUUUGAGAUUAAAGGGCUACAGUACGCAUUUGGAUUACCUACUGUUUGUAAACUUUUCCUUACUACUAAAGGAACAAAUAAAUAUAAUAUUUGGUUGCUAUUAAAAUCAUAAAUUGUACAAUUACUUUAACAGGGAACAGAACUGCCUGGAAAGUAAGCCUUCAUUAAACCUAAGUAAGAAAUUUAGAUUUUUGUUAUUAUUUUCAACAUGCUCUCUUUUUAGCUCGAUGUACCUGAUCAGACGCUUUUUUUUCGCUUCCGAGAAAAAUAAUUUUACCCAAGCUCCUCAAAUCGUGUGACGUUUAGGAAUUUAGCAAUUGCGUUUGAUCAUUGCUAAGAUUCUUCUAAUCUGAUAUACGCGUUGGUGUUUGGUCACCAGUGAACAAACUCGCUUCCAUCAUCUGAGUAACUUUUUCGUAUUCAAACGUUCUUGUAUCGUACGUACAAGCCUAGUCGACAUGUGCAGAGCUUCUGUAAUUUCACGAAUUUUGAAUCUACCAUGAUUAUUAUUAUGGCUUGGUUCACUAUUACUUUUACAACCAUUUUCAUUGUUUCUAUUCAUUGUAUAGAUUCACGAUUUGAUUUCUAUGUAUUUUUCUCUUUAAAGUGAAGGUACUUAAUAAUAAUAACUAAACGAUUUUUGGCGCUCUUCAUUUGUCAAAUACAAAAGAUGUAUGUUGUUCUGAAGCUAUUUCCUUGUGGCAUUUUUAUAAUUAAGUAUUUUCUAUGGGAAAUAAGCCACAAUUUUACUAAAAAAUUAAUUUAUUAACGUUUCUUUUUUCUAAAAACAAAAGAUGUUUCUUUUCAACUGAUAGAAAUACAUUGUUAUUUUUGCUUGUAAUUUUGACAGUCGUCAUGUAUUGGAUGACAGAUGUCAAAAUUGAGAGUGAUUUGGUUUCACGUGACGCCAUCUGUCGAAGAUUAGAUUAAUGUCCAACCACCCAUGAAUAUUUUUAUAAACUUGUAAUCAUGCAUAUCAAGAUCUAAUUAUAGACGUAUAUAUUGACAUAGACAGCAGUCUGUAGAGCUAAGUAACGACACCAUUGUUUUUUCUUGUCGGACGUGUCUCUGUCUUAGAUUAGUUAAGGAUAGCGACAAGAGAUCUUGUCGCCAGCAUGCGCUGUCGGUAUGAUCGGUCUACGUUAAUGUAUACGUCUAUUUUGAUUAUUUAUGAUGCAUGUAUAUACUACUCAUGAGUAUUCGUGUAGAUUUUAAAUUAUUAAAUAAGAGAAAGUAGAAUUUGUUAUUUAUGUGGAGAUACAAUCUUGCCGAUGGUGACGUGCAAUGUAAUUAGUAGGGAAAAGAAUAUGUGGUAGUUUGUAUGUGAGUACUGUACUGGAUACUAACUCUAGAUUUAAGAUUAUUUAUUUUGGACUGUUUAUUUAUAAAAAUAUAUGUAAGUAUGAGUUAUGAGUAUUUAUAAAUAGUACCUAGUAGUAGUAUAUAAGUAUUAUAUUUUGAUUUUAUAAAAGUUAAAUUUGUUAGAGCUAUUUGAUAUUUUGUAAUGACAUUCAUUAUUAAGUUUGACUAUCUCCUUAAAUCAUAUUUAAAAGGACUAAUAAAAGACUACUACAUCACACGAA